UCAUGGCGGAGGAGGAGGAGCGCGUGCCGCACCCCGGCUUCAUCCCCGCGCGCUACUCGGCGCUCCUCAUCCUCAGCGCGGCUCCGGAGCGGAACAUCCGGGACUUUAUCGGCUCGGAGAUCCUCAGGGGGUUACGGGUGUGGGAUGUGGACCUGGCAGUGUGUAAUCUGGAUGAAGAGCUCAGAGCGUUUGUGACUCGGCAUUCAUCUCAGAGCUGCAGUGAUGUUAAAGGUCAGCGGAUAUUGGAGUUCAGUACGAGUGUGUUCAACUGCAGAGUUGUGUUUAAUCCCUCCGAGGAAACUCUUUACUCUCAGAUACAUGACCUGAUAACGGACACGUCUCAGCACAAGUUGCUGUUGCUGACCGGACGCUCCCUGGAGGACACUGGAGACCUCAUCUUUCACAACGGACACUUCAGUCCAAACCAUUUCAUUCAGAUCUUUACAGAUGAUGAGAUUCAACACAAACUAAACUCUGCGAGCGUGACGGGAAAAGCUAUCCUGACCCUUAGUUGUCCAAAGACUGGCGCAUGGAAGAGCUCCAUACAUGGGAAACACAAUUUACAAGAUGUAAUAGACAUCAAAGUAAACCCUUUAAUGGUGCUGCCCAAAAUGGAUGGCCUGCAGGAGUUCUCCGAUCACCUCUGCGAGAACAUUGAGUCACUGUCCCCAUUUGAUCUCCUAGAACCCCCGAGCACGGUGGGGUUCCUUAAACUCUGUCGUCCCUGCUGCUACAUAUUUCCAGGAGGGAGAGGGGACUGUGCCUUUUUCGCUGUUAACGGAUUCAAUGUCUUGGUCAACGGUGGAUCGGAUCCACGCUCUUGCUUCUGGAAGUUAGUCAGGCAUCUGGACCGUGUGGAUUCUGUUCUUCUCACUCACGCUGGGACUGACAAUCUCCCUGGGAUUAAUAGUCUUUUUGCAAGGAAGGUUGCAGAGCUCGAGGAGGAUGCUUGCUCUGAUUUGAAGAAGAAAGACAGAUGGGUGAAAAAUCUGAUCUCUCCAGAGUUGGGCGUCGUUUUCUUUAAUGCACCAAAAAGGCUGAAAAAAGUUCAAGGCGACCCAAAUAUCCUGCGAAGUACCGAUCAAGCUGGCCUCACGUUACGACAUUUGGAGAAGCUCAAGAUCUCGGCAGAACCGCUACUUCGCAAUUCAAUCGGUCCAGCAGAACCUGUGAUUCUGUUUCAGAAGAUGGGAGUUGGAUGUCUUGAGCUGUAUGUCAUUAACCCAGUUAAAGGCAGCAAAGAGUUUGAGGACUACAUGAACCGCUGGCCUGAAAACAGCACCAGUUCCAAAUCUUCUGAAGUUCCCUUAAGUUCUUUGGUGUCUCUUUGCACUUUACUUGUGUGGCAUCCUGCCAGCCCACAUGAAAAGAUCAUACGAGUCCUUUUCCCUGGUGCGACACCGCAAUUCAAGAUAAUGGAAGGUCUAGAAAAGCUGAAGCACCUGGAGUUUCUCAAACGUCCUGUAGUCUGCUCCAACGAUAUUGAACCAAAGUCAGAAAAGAACCCAAAACGAGCUGAGAGUCAAGACAGCCUCAGGUCUGUCACCAAAGACUCCAGGACAAUUGGCGGCACAACAAAGGAGAAAUCAGUCCGGGGGAAUCCGGAGCUUGGAAAAGACCAAGGCAAGGUCAAGUCUGUGAACAGUGAAGAGAAACCAAACUCUGCUGAAAAUGGUGUCAAGCCUAAACUGAACAAAACCAUUGCAAGGAAGGAAUCCUUUAAAACGAACAAAAAAGAGGACAAAGGACAAAGUGUAGCAGGAUCAAAAAAGCAGGAAACAGGACAGAAAAAAGGGUCCAUUAAAAAGGAUUCCCCUUCAAGCAAAAAGAAAAAUAACGAAAAGACUGAGGAAAGAAAAAACAACUUGAUGGGAAAAGAGGCCAAGAAAACGGCUCAGAUGUCUGCGUCCCCUCCUGUAGACCUAAAUAAAUCUGCAAGCGCUAAGAGAAAUGAAAUAAAAGUGAACAAAGGAACAGAGGACAGAGUAAAGAACAACAAAUCUAACAAGGAGCAGCAAAACCAGAAGCUCUCAGGUGAUGUUGGGGAUCCAAAACACUCUGAGAUGUCUUCACCUGAGGACUUGACAACCGAAUUUCUGGAAAUGGAACAAGAGCAGUCUGCUAAAGCUAAAAUCCCUGACAUCACGUUGAGGAAGGAAUCAGAAAGUGAGGACGAUCCAAAAAGCAACCAUGUGUGUCCAGAGAAUUUUGCAGAUGAAAUACAGAAUGAAGUCCAGCCCACUGAGGCUUCUGGGACUGUUAAGACUCCAAAGAGUGAGCGCAGUGUAAAUCUGGACCUUACGCCCACUGAGUUUAGCAGGCACGAUGGACCUGUGAAGGACAAUCUGAACAAAAGUGGCCAGGAUGAAGUCUGCAUUAGCCCGGAUGAGAAAACCUUGGAGUUGAGUUCUCCAAGGUCUGGCCCAAACAGCGCUGGUCAUACACCUUAUCACCUUUCCCCUGAGGAGACCUGGGCCUCCAGAGACUGCAGCAGCAUAGCAGCUAAGAUGUGCUUGGGAUCAGACAGCCAGCAAGGAGGCUCAUGUAAAACAUCAGAGUCUGGAUGUCCUAAAAGUACUCAAGAGAGCAACUCCAGCUCUUCUAAAGAGAAACAUUCCAGUUUCUUGUCUCUAAGCUCUUUCAAAGACAUUAUGCCUGAUAUUUCACCCACGGUGACCACAACCACGCACUCGAUGCCUGCUGAAGUUAGCUCGCCACAGUCCACUGAGGUUGACGAGUCUUUGUCCAUGUCCUUUGAGCAGGUGCUUCCUACAGUCAGUGAAUCUACAAACGAGGAUGAGACAUCCUACUCUAACGGACACUAUGCAGAUCCUGAUUUUAAAGUAGGCAUGUCUUUGUCUUUAAAGAUGGCGCAUACAAAGAGGGUAAUGGCCGAUGCCCCAGACGGACGUCCUUCAGGACCACAGAGUCUGAUGUUUGAUGCUCCUCAUGAUGUCGACCUCUGUUUGGUUUCUCCCUGUGAGUUUAAACAUUUCAAACCUCUAGAGAAAGAUCAGCACACCCUUUCACCUGGACUCAUGGCUACAAGCCCUCAUGAUUUCUCAGAUGACAGCGAUCUCUCCCAGGAAGUGGUGAAGCCCCUGCACCAGGCAUUUGUAAGCAACAAGCCCACUCAGCCAGCCCAGGAAACACCUCUCACCUCUGCUAGUGACUACUUCCCAACGGCCUCGGAUUCCGACCCCCAGCCUGGUCUAGAGGAAUGCCCCUCUAUCACUGCAGAUGGUGCAUUAGAUUCUGAUGAUGAGGUGGUUGUGCACUCAUCCCCUGACAACCUGAACCUGAAUAAUUCACCACUUCAGGAUCCUCUUCCUGUUCCUCUUAAAGACUUCCCUCCUCUUCCUGCCCAGCCUGGGGCCUGCAUGCCUGAUCCUGGGAAACUUGGCAAAACUGGCGCAAAGAGCAGGAAAACAACUGGGGUUACGCAGAGGCUAAGUGCACCUAGCACUUCAGGACAAUCUAGCAAAACCAGAACAGGAAGUCAGAGUGGGUCAGGUGGGAAUCUGAGGUCAAAUCCUAAUGUAGACCCUCCAGUAUCCCGUUUUUCUCAUGCUGGUGCAAAAAGACCAAACACCGCAGGUAUCAAGGGCAUUACCUCUGUGUAUUUGGACCUGGCGUACCUCCCGUCUGGGAACGCAGCCUCCACUAUUGACGUAGAAUUUUUCUGCCGUUUGCGAUCAUCCUGUUACAUUAUAAGCGGAGAUGAUGAUCUAAAAGAAGCCAUAAUGAGACCCAUUCUGGAUGCUUUACUUGACGGAAAGUCUGUAUGGCCUGAAGAUGUGCCGGUGACGUUAAUCCCUACGUUUGAGUCGACGAUGAUGCACGAGUGGUACCAUCAGACCCAGGAGAGACAGCAGCAGCUGGGCAUCACGGUUCUGGGUAGCAACAGCACAGUGGCCAUGCAAGAGGAGACGUUCCCCGCCUGUAAAGUCGAGUUCUGACCCGGGGGCUGAACACAACAUUUAAACAAAAGCAAAACAUAUUCGAUAUAGUGUAGUGUUUUUGAUGCUUUAACACACUAACACACAUACACUAACACACACAUACACUAACACACACCUCAUAAAUGGCGUGUUAAUGAGCUGAUCAGUUUCUAACAAACACUAAUGUACACUAUCACACUAACUACUAUUUAGUCUUAUUAGAAUUUAAUCUUGUGGGUUCUAGAUGGUUCUACAUUAAACUGACAUUUUAGUAAGUACACUAAGUAGGGGAGGAGUUUGCAGAGUUGGAACGAAGCCUUAAAACUGCAGAAUUGUAGAGUUAGUUCCUGAUGUAGUCCUGAAGCAGGAAGUAAAACACAGGAAACAGGAAACAGGAAAUAAAACAAGAAGGUUUUUGACAUUUCGUGAUCAAACAUUGAUGUGUCGUUCACUUGUACAGAUUUAUUCGCAUUUUAACCCUUUCACCGAUGUAAUAAACACCUGCAGUGUGUGUAACAGUGUGUGCACAACGUGGUUCCUGCAUGUGUGAAACUAAACGCACGAGUAAAACUCAGUUUAAGAAGCCAAAGUGUAGAUGUAGCUGUAGACUGAAAGGACACGCAUGUAUGAGAAUGCCUCUGUAGAGAAAUAGAAAUAAGGACAUUCUGAUGAAGAACAUUAUUUAUAGGAUUACACAGUGAAGAACAAAACCUUUUUUUCCUGAGAAAUGAAUUUAAUCAGGAAGGUAACGUUUAAAAAAAAAAAAAAGCAAUUAUGUCUCUGAUUUUCCCAAAAAACUAAAAAAUAAUGCAUAACACACACACUCAAAUGAUGCUGGCUGUUAAUUUACUGUGAAACGUCCUGGUUAGGCUUCAUCAGGAACCAGCCUUAAAUACAGGAGGAAAUAAAUUGGAAAUACUUUUUCUGUUGAAAGCGCUAGCACUUCAUUAGCAGUGUGAGAAGUGCGGAGUUCGAGUUCAUUACUUCCCCAUGGGAAAAUUAAUUUGUGCUCAUCAUUGUAACAGCUUUCCUCUUCUUUUUGACUAGCUUCUGAUGUUUUGUUGUUUCGAUUUUGUCCCAAUUUAUAGCAAAAUUUUCUGCUCUAACACACUCUCUCACACUCCAACUGCUUUCACAGGUUCUAGCUGAGAGCUGGCUUGUGCCUUCUUGCUAGUCAGGCUGAAUAAGCUAUUGUUAUCUGGCUAAUGGAACGGUUUUACAGUUUUAUUCAACACUGGCGUAAGAACCCGUCAUUGACUCGUAAAGAGUUUGUAGAAAUAGUUAAAAGCUUCACGCUAAAAAUAAGCUGAUCAGCAUCUGACACAUAACUGCUCAUAACUUCUACUCGACAUUUUGAUUUCACUUAUGGUUCAACGUUCAGCUCUCAUAGUGUACGUUUUUUUGGAGUGAGCCCUGACGAGUUGUGCUGUCGUGUCUGUGUAUUGAGGAUUCUGCCGGCUGGUAGCUGUAUUACAGUCGUUUCUGUGUAUUGCUGACUGGACAGACAGACCGACAGCGUCUGUCAGACAUUUUCUGAGACUGGUUUCAGGUCCUCCAAUGUAUGAAACGUAAAGAUAACAUUGAAAGAGUGAGUUCUGACCAACGAAAAGGGAAAAAAACUUACUUUUAUUUGUACAAAUUAGACAGAUGAUCUGAACCCCAUGAGGAACCUUACAGGGACAUCUUACUGACUUGUGGGACAUUCCGAGCUAAGCUAGCUGGACCAUAUGUGCUGGCUCGUUCUUUUAUUUAAAGGUGAAAAAGUAAACUUUUUAAACGCUAAAAUGACCGUCGUUAUGAGACGAUUUUAAAAACAUGGUUAUAAGUGUGUAGGGGACUAACACAGGUAAAGGAGAGUGUUUAACAGCGUGUUAGAGCAGGAUUCAUGAAACACUGAAAUGUUCUCAAGAGCGAGUUGAGGUGCUGAGUGUUUGUGACGUAACGCUGCUGCUGUGUUUAACUGCUGUAACGCCACACGGGCACGAGACUAGAGGAAUGUGUGUAAUAUAGAACUGAAACGUGUAUGAUAUGGAUUUGUUAUUAAAAGACAAUAUUAAACGCU